GCGCGAGUGCAUCUCCGUCCACGUCGGCCAGGCCGGCGUCCAGAUGGGCAACACCUGCUGGGAGCUGUACUGCCUGGAGCACGGCAUCCAGCCUGACGGGCAGAUGCCCAGCGACAAGACCAUCGGUGGAGGGGAUGACUCCUUCACCACCUUCUUCUGCGAGACCGGGGCUGGGAAGCACGUCCCACGGGCCAUCUUUGUAGACCUGGAGCCCACCGUGAUCGAUGAAGUUCGGGCUGGAAUCUACCGCCAGCUCUUCCACCCCGAGCAGCUGAUCACCGGUAAGGAGGAUGCUGCCAACAACUAUGCCCGUGGGCACUACACCAUCGGCAAAGAGAUCAUUGACCAAGUGCUGGACAGGAUCAGGAAGCUGGCUGACCAGUGCACGGGCCUCCAGGGAUUCCUCGUGUUUCACAGUUUUGGAGGUGGCACCGGCUCUGGAUUC